UUUUAAACAUAAUUAAAACUUUUGGUAUAAAUGGAAUUUGGUUUUUUCAGCGCCUAAAAUCAGAACAAUGAAUCGGAAUUGAAUUCUAAACGGCAAUUCCAGGCCAGUUUUGUGAAUCGGCGUUGAUACCGCCAAUUCACCAACCAUGGCCAGGGCCACACAGAUCACAAUCAACAUUCAAUUUUAUCUUUAAAUUAAAGACAGUGAGUGAGUCGUCUCUCUUCACCUAACUAAAUCUACAGGAGAUCAGAUCAUAGCUAUGGGAAGCACCGCUGGCCGGAGUAUACACGUGUUCUGGCACGAGGACAUGCUCAAGCACGACGCCGGUAAGGGGAUGUUCGAUACCGGAACGGCGCCGGCGUUUCUGGAUGUGUUAGACCAGCACCCGGAGAAUGCUGACAGGAUGAGAAAUAUGGUGGCGAUUCUUAAAAGAGGGCCUAUCUCACCGUUCAUUUCUUGGCAUCUCGGUGCUCCGGCUCGUCUUCCUCAGUUACUCUCGUUUCAUACCUCUGACUACAUAAACGAACUAGUUCAAGCAGACAAAGAGGGUGGCAAGAUGAUUUGUCCUGCUACUUUCUUAAACCCUGGAUCAUGGGAUGCUGCUCUUCUUGCUGCCGGUACUACAUUAGCAGCAAUGCAGCACAUUCUUGAUGGACAUGGACCGAUUGCCUAUGCAUUGGUUAGGCCUCCAGGUCAUCAUGCUCAAACUAUGCAAGCUGAUGGUUAUUGUUUCCUUAAUAAUGCAGCUCUAGCCGUCCAAUUGGGGUUAGAUUCAGAGUGUAGAAAGAUUGCCGUUAUUGACAUCGAUGUGCAUUAUGGCAAUGGAGCUGCACAGGGCUUCUAUCACUCUGAUGAAGUACUUACCAUCUCUCUCCAUAUGAAUCAUGGUUCAUGGGGACCGUCUCAUCCACAAAAUGGAUCUAUUCAUGAACUUGGUGAAGGAACGGGUUUUGGCUACAAUCUAAACAUACCUUUACCCUCUGGGACUGGCAACAAAGGCUAUGGACAUGCUAUGACUGAACUGGUUAUUCCAGCAAUCGACAAGUUUCAACCUGAUAUGCUUGUUCUGGUUGCUGGCCAAGACUCGAGCGCUUUUGACCCAAACGGAAGGCAGUGCUUGACGAUGGAUGGAUAUCGAGAGAUAGGGCGAAUAGUUAAUGGCCUGGCAAAAAGACACAGUGGCGGACGUGUUCUCGUGGUUCAAGAAGGCGGGUAUCACAUUACUUACUCAGCUUAUUGUCUACAUGCAACUCUCGAGGGUCUGCUCGACCUUCCGGGGCCUCUACUAGAUGAACCUCUUGAUUGUUACCCCGAGGAUGAACCUCUUGCUGUCAAAGCUGUUGAGUCCAUUCGAAUGCAUCACCAAGAAACUGUUCCAUUUCUAAAAAAAACUUGAUUUCCAAAUACUUUGUACAUGAAUUUGUGACAAGUUGUUAACUUAUUAUCACUGUAAUAUUUGUUUAAAAGUAAAAGUGGUGCUCCACAAAAUACGGCAAUAAAUUUCAUAUCUUGGUUUGUUUCAUUUAUCCUCAAACAAAUCGAUUAAAAAGAUUGGAUGUUAGUAUUUCAA